AUGGCUCAAACUCCAAGACACAUGUACCCCCAGGCGAUUCUCAUCCAAGAUAGCCCAGAAAAGAUGCGCAGUCAACGAUAUGUACCAUCAGACGACGUGGAUAUGGAUGGCUUUGAGGCUGAGAAUGUUAAAUAUAGCAACACAAGAACACUACUGGAUGUUCCUACACUGAACGAGUUGCUCGGUCGACUGAGCAGGACGCCCCUUGACAAUGGCCUCAAGCGUGACAUCACAGAUAUUGUCAAACAUGUUCAAAAUGGAAUCCAAGAAGGCGAACUAAUGCGACGAGUUGGUUGGAAUGACUCUUCGUUCGCUGCCAACCCUAGCCAGGUUGGCGUCUUUUUCAGGGCACGCGAAGCCGACUUGGUGAACAUACCGCAGGAAGUACUCAAGGGCUAUUGCGAGAAACUGGGCGAUGUUACACACGAUUUUAAAUGGGAUGGGAUGGAAUACAGCCAACGUUUAGCCAAAAUCGUGGACAUCAUAUAUCUUGAAGAGGAGGAAGAGGCGAUCGUGACGGGUGACAUGCAACGAUUGAAAGGUGUGGUGGUUCUUUGUGCAGAUAUGGCUGCCAUGCUGGGUCCUGAAGACCAGAAAGCAAAGAAAAUGGCCGAAAGUUGGAAGAAGGCUAAGUUUGAAGAUAUCAAGUGGCUAGAAAGAAACAUCGGGCUGCUCGAGCAAAACAAGAUGCUGAGCAAUGACAUCUUUGGCCCGGCAAACAUUUGAUUUCCAGUUCAUGCAAUGGCAGAGUUUCGACUAUGGGCUACGUUGGAAAAAGACAAGAGGCUAGGUAGAGCAACUGAAAUACGAAAUCUC